AUGUCCCGCGUUCAGAUGUCGUCUCACGCCUUUGAUCUUAAGAUCGCGCAUUACAAAGAUGUUUCGUGCCAGGCUAAAGGCUUCCGACGCCAAGUCAAGAAGGGGCUUUUAACGGCCAAAGAGAUGGAAGAGAAAAGGCAAACUGUUUACAGUCUCUAUGCUGAUGCUAUGAAUGACCUCGAGAGAUGGACCGAGUACCGGUUCCCACUAUAUUGGACAUGA